AGUCCUGUCUCUAAGAAAUGUGCACAGCGACAGCAGCAUGAGCGUGUUUUUAUGUCCUUGUAGUUCAUCUGUACAGCUUUAGAAUACCACUCUGUGUGUCUUGUUUGUCUGUUUUUUGAGACAAGAUUUCUCUAUAGAUUUGGAGACCAGGCUGGCCUUGAACUCACAGAGAUCUGCCUGCCUCUGCUAGGAUUAAAGACGUGCACCACCAAGCUUGCCCAGUGCACCGCACUGCGACAUUCAGAGCAGAGCAGCCCUGCAGUGAUGGCGUUUUCUCAGGAACUUAUGCAUUUUAAAAUGAGAUUUUUUUCUGCUAUUAAGAGAGUUAUUUGUAUAUCCCAAUAUAAAUGCUCUAUAAUUUGUGAGUGUUAUCCCCCACACUUGGGAGAAUAUGAAUUCCUUGCCACGUGGUUAUUUGCAGCAAAUAUAUAUAUAAUCAGCUUGUGCUUGUAUCCUAAUACGUACAUUGCACCUGUUGUUGCUGAACUUGAAGUCACAUGGCCUGUGCUCCCAACAAACUGGGUUGAGCAGUCUAUACACUAACUCGGAGUCCAGUGAAUAGUGGAAGGGGAGGCAUAUUCAGUAUGGGCACAUUGAGGAGAGCAACCAGAGGCUUCAAAGACUACCACGUCCAUUUCCAAGAGGGAGUGGAACUCAGCAGUCCUGCCCAGGUGGAGGAGAUCUUUCUCUAAGUUCCUUCACUGGGUGCCCAGGAGUUUUUUGUUUUGUUUGUUUUUGUUGUGUUGUUGGGGGUGGGGCUGACUAAUUAUUGGGGUCCAUUGUUUCGGUAGUCUGAUAAUACAAGGCAUGCUCCUCACACUAUUUUGACAAGGAGUUUUAUACAGUGUGGUCCUUUGCGUUUAAAAGCACUUCUGGGAUAUUGUUCCUGCCACGCUUAGUUGCACAGAUGUACCUGCCAGUAGUUACCUAUAGGGAAGCCUGGGAAAUAUGUACUUCAAGCUGAAAGCCCACUCAGCUAUAGUUUAGUUUGAGCAAGUGGAGCGUAUUCCUUCAUUUAAAGAAUAAAUUUGUUUGCUGGUUUUCACAAGGCGGGGGGUGUUAGCUGAGAGUUCUUGCCUACAACACGACUGCCAAGAAAAGAAAAUCGUCCCUGAGGAGUUGGCCGAUUUUCCCAGGCGUGUGGGGAUUGACGAGCUCCUCCUUGGAGAGGAGAAUAGGAAGCUUCCUUCAAGGUCCAGCAAAGACCGCAGGGGUUCCCCAGGGGCCGGCUGCCUGCCCUGGGCCGCGCCCACUUUGCCUGACCCACCCUUCCCGCGCCAGCCCAGAUAGCUGUGACGUUCCAGAGCAGAGAAGCCCUGCAGCUGCAGCGAUGUUGGUUUCUCAGGAACCCACCCAGGCUCCGGUCGCAGAUCCUCACACCGAGGAGGCAGACUCGGACGGCAGAGCCGGUCGUCUCUCAGUCUGUACGAAGGUGUGCUAUGGCAUUGGUGGGGUCCCCAACCAGGUGGCCUCCAGCGCUUCAGCCUUCUACCUGCAGCUCUUCCUACUCGAUGUGGCACAGAUCCCCGCUGCCCAGGUGUCCCUUGCCUUGUUCGGAGGGAAGGUGUCUGGGGCGGUUGCAGACCCCGUGGCUGGCUUCUUCAUCAACAAAAGCAGAAGGACAAGGGCUGGGCGGCUAAUGCCUUGGGCACUGGGCUGCAUGCCCUUAAUCGCACUGGCCUACUUCUUCCUGUGGUUUCUGCCCCCGUUCACCAGCCUGCGUGGGCUCUGGUAUGCCACCUUCUACUGCCUGUACCAGGCCCUGUCUACGUUCUUCCAGGUACCCUACACAGCGCUCACUAUGAUCCUCACCCCCAGCCCCAGGGAGCGAGACUCUGCCACUGCAUACCGGAUGACCAUGGAGAUGGCAGGGACACUGAUGGGAGCCACUGUCCAUGGGCUCCUCGUGUCCAGUGCCCAUGGGUCUCGGAGGUGUGAGGAUCCUGUGCUCGCAGGGAGUACUGCUGUGUCCCCAGAUGUAGCGCGCCUCUACUGCAUUGCGGCUGCUGUGGUUGCGUUGACGUAUCCUGUGUGUGGCGGCUUGCUGUGCCUAGGAGUGAAGGAGAGGCCAGACACUUCUGCCCCAGCCUCAGGUCCGGGCCUGAGCUUCUUCACGGGGCUGGCCAUCACUUCCCGGCACCCGCCCUACUUGAGUCUGGUGGUCUCCUUCUUGUUCAUCUCAGCUGCUGUCCAGGUGGAACAAAGCUACCUGGUCCUGUUCUGUACACACGCCUCCCGGCUACAAGAACAUGUUCAGAGCUUGGUGCUAACCAUCCUGAUCUCAGCUGUGCUGAGCACCCCACUGUGGGAGAGGGUCCUCCAGCGAUUUGGGAAGAGGACGUCUGCGUUCGGGAUCUGUAUAAUGGUGCCAUUUUCCAUCUUGCUGGCUGCUGUGCCCUCUGCACCUGUGGCCUAUGUUGUGGCCUUUGUCUCUGGUGUGAGCAUUGCUGUGUCCCUGCUGCUACCCUGGUCCAUGCUGCCAGAUGUGGUGGAUGACUUCCAGCUGCAGCACCGGCAUGGCCCAGGCGUGGAGACCAUCUUCUACUCAUCCUACGUCUUCUUCACCAAGCUCUCAGGCGCAGGCGCCCUGGGCAUCUCCACCCUCAGUUUGGAGUUCGCAGGGUAUAAGGCAAGAGCCUGCCAGCAAGCAGAGGAAGUGGUAGUCACCCUCAAGGUCCUCAUCGGUGCUGUGCCCACCUGCAUGAUCCUUAUUGGUCUCUGCAUCCUCAUGGUUGGCCCCACUCCCAAGACGCCAAGCCAGGAUGCCUCCUCCCAGCUAAGCCUUCGGAGGAGAACUAGCUACAGCCUCGCCUGAACUAGAAGGGGACUUCUGUGAGGCAGAAAAGCAGAAGCCUGCAUUUUCUAGAAUUCUCUCUAUCCAGCAACCCGAGCAUAGCCUACCAACUUAGCACACGCAUUUUCCCUUGCGAGUGGAGACUCUAGGGACAUCUCCUGAAGGGGCUGGCCCAGGCUCCAGGAACCCUACUCAGCACCUCCUUGCCUGCUGACCCUCAACCUUCCAGGCUUGUAGCCCAGACGACUCCACCUUCAAGAACCCUCAGACUCCGAAAGCAUCCUGCCUACUCUUUGCUUGAUGGCAGAGCUCCACACACAGGAGGUUUGCAGAGUCUCCAGUGGAUGCCUGCGGAGAGCGUAGUAGGAAAGCUGAGACACCAUGUGACUGGGCAAACGGAGGACAUGUGACGUUUUGGGGGCUAUGAGGAAGGGGUACCCUCAUCCAUUGCUGGUGGGAAUGCAGACCCACCAUGGUACACGGGUGUUUGUUCAGCAUUUUUUUCUAUCAGUAGACAGAGGAUGGCGCAGAAC